UGAAAACCUCCACCAAGAAGAAGGCCACAGCCACCACCCAUCCCCAGCCUCCAUCAGGGGCCUCCGAGUACACAUUGGGUCCCAAGAAAGGCAGUCCUUUGGCUCCACACAGUGCCAUGACUGUAAAUAUAAAGGUUUUGACCCAAAAUGCCAGAGGCUUUCGCCCAGUUUCUUCUGACUGGGAUGCUGCUGUAUGGGCUGCUGCUCCACGCAGUGUCCCAACAUGGAGCCAGCGUUGAUAAUUCCAGCCAGAGGCCCAAUUUCAUCAUCAUACUGGCAGAUGAUAUAGGCUGGGGUGACUUGGAUGUCAACCGGCCUGAAGAGAAGGCAAACAACACACCUUACCUCAACCUGAUGGCCGAGCAAGGAAUAAAAUUAACAGACUUCCAUUCCCCAGCCUCAACCUGCUCCCCAUCCCGUGCUGCCAUCCUGACAGGACGCUAUGGCCUCAGAAAUGGGGUUACUCAUAACUUUGCAGUGGGCUCUGUGGCAGGACUGCCUGCCUCUGAAGUUACAUUGCCCCAGCUACUACAGAAGGCGGGGUAUUACACGGCCAUGAUUGGGAAAUGGCACCUGGGCCACAACGGACCAUAUCAGCCAACUAACAGAGGUUUUGAUUACUACUUAGGUAUUCCUUACAGUAAUGACAUGGGCUGUACCGACCAACCAGGAUAUAACCUGCCCCAGUGCCUCCCCUGUCACAUAUCUAGACCUCAAGUGUUCAGGUUGAAUAGGAGUGUACACGAAGGCUGUUAUUCCAAAGUGGGCCUUCCUCUGAUUGAAAACAGCAGUAUUGUGGAGCAGCCGCUUGACCUGUGGACUCUAACAGAACAAUACAAAUCUACUGCAACCAGGAUUAUACACAAUGCAAGGGAGCGAGGACAGCCCUAUCUGCUCUACAUAGCGUUGGCUCACAUGCAUGUUCCCCUGGCCCCUCCGCUCCCUGCAGAUGCCUUUACCACCGCUCGUCACCAUACCGACAGCACAGUGUAUAGUGCCAGCCUGCGAGAGAUGGACAGCCUGGUGGAGGCAGUCAAGAGGGCUUCUGAUGACACAGACAAAAACAAUACUCUCAUCUGGUUCACCGGUGACAACGGUCCUUGGGAACAGAAGUGCCAGUAUGCAGGCAGUGUAGGACCUUUCAUGGGAAAGUGGCAGACCAGCAGAGGUGGAGGCUCAGCUAAGCGGACCACCUGGGAAGGAGGUCACAGGGUGCCAACAGUGGCCUAUUGGCCUGGGAGGAUCCCUGCAAACACCACCAACUCCGCCUUGCUCAGUGGUAUGGACAUCUUCCCAACUCUUCUGUCUCUGGCAAGGGUAACACCACCCUCAGACCGACAUUAUGAUGGCAUUGAUGCCACAAAUGUCCUCCUGCAUGGUGAACAGACUGGUCAUGAGUUUCUUUUCCACCCUAACAGUGGUGCUGCGGGGAAGUUUGGUGACUUGCAGACAGCUCGAACAGGGAAAUACAAAGCGUUCUACAUCACAGGUGCAGCUGAGUCAUGUGGGGGAGCAACAGGAAAGCAGCAGCUUCAUGACAUGCCAUUGAUAUUUGACCUGGAGCGUGACAUGGCUGAGGAAACACCCCUGCAGGUUGGGACACCUGAAUACCAGGCGGUAGCAGAGAGGAUCGCCCGCAGGAGGGAGGAGCUGUUAUGGGACAUUGCCACCGACAAGUCCGUGUCCACAGCAGACUACAGCACAGACGAAUCGGCAGCGCCCUGCUGCAACCCGAGGCAGGCUGUUUGCCGCUGCCACCCGCUGGGCCGAGGAUGGGAACUCGCAAACAGAAACGCUCACACUAAAGGGCAAAAGAGAAGCACGCUGAUGUAAGCAAACACAUGUGGAGACAAACAUCUCCUUUGGAUGUGCUCAGCUGUUUGUUUGUAGAAUGUGUUUUUGGGAGGUUCAAUGUCCAGAUGCAGCAGGAGACGAGCAAAUAAGCAGCGAGAGCAAAGAGAAGCAGGAGGCCGAACUUUGGCCAGACAUUAGUCAAGUGGUAGAGAAGAGGUCAGGGAGAAGUAGUUUUCU